GAGCUGAGGAAGGAGAAGCGGGCUUUAGCAACAGCAGCAAUGGUGGCGGCAGCAGCAGCAGUGGGGGCUCCGGCGGGAGGAGGCUAUUGAGGUCGCCGCCAGGCUUUCCGGAAGGACGUUGAACUGGUGAUUAUUUGAAGGACUAGCAAAUGUAUUCCGGACUGGAAAAUGAUAACUUUCCUUCAUCAGCUCCAUUAGAGAACUAACUUAUCCAAACAGAGGUUGUAGAAGUUGUAAGAAAAUGCUUGGAUCAGAACGUGGUGUGGUAGAAGAAUGGCUUUCGGAAUUCAAGGCAUUACCUGAAAUGCAGAUCUCCAGUUAUGCAGCAACACUUCACCGGAAGAAAACAUUGGUGCCAGCUCUUUAUAAGGUCAUUCAUGACCCUAAUAAUGAGUUUCUGGAACCUGUCUGCCACCAACUCUUUGAACUCUAUCGUAGUUCUGAGGUUCGACUGAAAAGGUUCACACUGCAGUUCUUGCCAGAACUGAUCUGGGUUUAUCUGCGUCUUACUGCCAGCAAAGAUAGGCAGAGUAACGGUUGCAUUGAAGCCCUGCUCCUAGGAAUUUACAAUUUGGAAAUUGCUGACAAAGAUGGGAACAAUAAAGUUUUGUCUUUCACCAUCCCUUCCUUAUCCAAGCCAUCAAUUUACCAUGAGCCAUCUACUAUUGGAUCUAUGGCUUUGACUGAGGGAGCACUGUGUCAGCAUGAUCUGAUCAGAGUAGUUUAUAGUGACCUUCACCCUCAAAGAGAAACAUUCACUGCACAGAAUAGGUUUGAGGUGCUGAGCUUUCUUAUGCUGUGUUACAACUCUGCUAUUGUCUAUAUGCCUGCCUCUUCCUAUCAGUCACUUUGCAGGAUGGGUUCCAGACUCUGCGUGAGUGGGUUUCCACGGCAAAAUGAAAAAUGCUGGAAGGAAGAUUGUGGCAGAGUGGUACUGGAUCCUGACUUCAUGGUACAACUACUCACUGGGGUCUACUAUGCUGUUUACAAUGGACAGUGGGAACUUGGCCAGGAAGUGCUGGAUGACAUAAUUUACAGGGCGCAGCUCGAACUCUAUUCUCAGCCACUGUUGGUUGCAAAUGCUAUGAAGAAUUCGCUGCCCUUUGAUGCUCCUGAUGCAUCACAAGGAGGACAGAAGGUGUUGAAAGUAGAGGUUACUCCGACAGUGCCGAGAAUUUCUCGGACUGCCAUUACAACAGCUUCAAUCCGCCGACAUCGCUGGAGAAGAGAAGAUGGCUUUGACUUCUCAAAUGAUGCUGACUUGAGUAUUCCCGGAUCUCCGAUCCUACACGGCUUCACAGACCUAGGGAUCAAACACAAGCAAGAGGGGGACGUGCUGGUACUCAGGACCCCUGAGCAUGGCUCACCGGAGCCCAACUUGGCAACAGCCACAACAGAGGAUGCAGAGGGUAUCAAUGGAAGACAAGAAUCUGUGAACCUUAAUGAUGCUGAUGAAGGAUUUUCAUCUGGGGCAUCCCUGAGCAGCCAGCCAGUUGGGACCAAGCCUUCGUCUGCAUCCCAACGGGGCAGCUUAAGGAAAGGAGCAAGUGGGCGUUUGGCCAAGGACAAAGAGAUUGGCUCAGCUACCAAAUCCAUCGAGAGCCCCCGAGAAUCUGCCCGUAAGCAGUACUUGCAUCAAUCAGUAGACCUCAGUACAGACACAAUUGAAAUGACUCCUACGAAGAAACACCUGAGCCUGCCUGCUGGGCAGGUGGUGCCAAAAGCCAAUAGCGUCAGCCUGAUCCGGACUGCUAGUGCUUCUUCCAGUAAAUCCUUUGACUAUGUGAAUGGCAGUCAAGCGGGUUCCGGGGUUGGUAUUGGUGGUGAUGGUGUUACUAACUUAGCAGCUGGCAACACCAAUCGGUUUUCAACUAUUAGCCUACAAGAGGACCGCUUAGGUCAAACUGGAAAUGGUAAAGAAGUCCUCUCACCAGGAGCUCCUCUGACCAAGCAGUCUCGAUCCCCGAGUUUCAAUAUGCAACUGAUAUCCCAGGUUUAACUUUGUGGCCCUUCCUCUACUUUCCCCUUUUAUCCUGUUCUUCUUUGACCAACACCUGCAAUCUAUAGUGUGAAAAUCCUGGCUUUUGUGAUCUUGUUCGAUUCAUUUUAGAUAUCAUACUAUAUUUUGUACUGAAACAGCAAUAAAACCUCAUGUUCUAGCUCCCCUUCUCUCUCUCUCCUCUCCCCUCCCCCCCGAUUAAUGUGGUUGUGAAGCAGUAUAAAAUGUAUUUUAUGCCUUUUCCAUGCCUUCCUUUCUCCUUGGGUGAUGUGCAAUCCAUUGUAGGCUGAUCAGUCCCAUUUCAACACUGUGAGUCUUGAGAAGAACGGAGGAAAUGGUGAAUGUGAUCCCUAUGAAAAUGAAGCUUUUGAUUUUUUGAGAAAUAGAAACGGGUUAGCUUUCUCAAUCUACAGUUCUGCAAAGACUACUGGAUUGUGACCUUUUGUCUCUUGGAACCAGGAGUGCCUCAGAGAUUCUAGUAGGACUUUGGACCUCUGAGUUAGUGCAAUCAAUUCUGAGGGACGGGGAUGCUGUCAUUGCUCCUGGUGGCUGUCUAAAUGCACUUUGUCAUGAAAAUGAGAUUGUCCUCCUCCUUUACCAUCCUUCACUCCUUACCCCCUAAAAAUGUAAUGUUCAGCAACUGAGACGCAGGUGUUAUCAAGUUGUUGCCUCCUCCAAAAGAGUGGGCUGUAAGUAGACAGUGUAGGUUACAAUGCACUUUUAAUGGCGUUGUAGCCAUGUUUAAUGUUACAUGUCUUCCCCUCCGCAGGACACAGGGUUGCUUUGUCUAUAUGUUAGGACUUUGGAAAGGUGAAUUAUGUAUAAAAUAAUUGAGUCAUAGAAAAUGGGCACACGGGCUUUCCAAGAAUUACUACUUAGUACUGCUCCUCUUAAAAGAACUUUAUUUUUGUAAGUUGAUGAUAUUUGAAAUGAACACGAGCAACUGCAGAUUAAGUGAGGAGGAUUUUUCAGGCUGCUGGCUGUGGCGUGAUUAAAUUUAUUCACAGAAAAGACUCAGAAAUCUUCAGUAAAGACAAAAUGUUCUCCAGCUGGAUAUGCCAGGGGCAGAUGUAAUGGUUGCUGGAAACACUUGAGGCAUCAGAAUUCCCUUAACAUCGUUGUCCACAGUAGGGUUUUUGGCAGUCCUCUCUCUCAGAAAGAUAACAAUUCACUGCCUAUAUUUUAAUUAAUCCGUUGCAGUUGUGAUUAUUUCAUCUAGCUAAUGUAAUGUGUGGGGUUGGGGUGGGGCUGAGACGUUCUUUCUCCCAACUCUCAUAAUCUGGGAACUCAGACCAUUCGACCUAAUCUUGAAUGCAUGUGACUGGUGUGUGGGCAAUAUUUGGCAACUAUGCUGUAGAUCACUGCUUUAAAUUGCAUUUCUUAUUCUAAAGGAACAUAUUCAUCAUGUUUUGGACAGUCUUGUGCAUACAUAAGAAGCAAAAGAGGGUGUUUUACCCUUUUAUGUUUUGCUGUAUUUUGACCUGGAAAUGUGCAGGUUAUUAAUAUAAGGAACAGAUGGAUGUUAUAUUCCCCCCACCGGCAUAUUCGGUUCAUUACAUUGGAAAGGAAAUCAGAGGAGUAGAACCAUGUAAUAGUUUAUUUUUAGAUGAUUUAAAGUCUAUGAUAUUCAGAAUUACCAAGUGCCAUUACUCUACUAAAGAAUAAUUAAAUCAAUUCUUAUAAUGUAAUUGACACUUCCAAUUCUUUUUCUUCUAGUUCUUUUUCUGCCCGGACUCCAUUAAUUGGAAAUCUGACUUUUUCAAGCAAAAUUUAGAGAAGCUAAUUAUAUUUUUUUAGCCCAUAAGAGUUACAGUUGCUCUGAAGCAAAAUUGCUAAAUGUUAAGUCAUUAAAUACCAUAUAAUUGAAACUCAGGAAAAUUCAUCUGUGAUUAAAUGCAAUUAAUAUCCAGAGUAAUAUUAAACAGUAUGUUUGAUGUAGAAUAGGCCUGUUGUGGCUAUGAAGGCAAUCAUUAAAGACAUCAUAAGAAAGGUAUACUUCAGAAAGUGUUUAUGUUCCAUAGUAUGGUGACGGAGGCCCUGAUCACUCCUGUCUGUUUUUUAGAAUACUGGCAUGAUCCACUCUUAAUCCAGCAAUUAUAGUUCUGCAGAAACACUUCCCCUUUUUUAAUAAUAGAAAUUAUGGCCAUGAUCCAAAGAGCUGCUUGACUAGUUAUGUGGGCCCAAGAAGUCUGUUAAACAGUUGCUCACCAUGCCACAUAUCAAACCAUGUUUAAACUUGAGAGGACUUUAAAAAGCAGAUUGUGAUAUGGCAUGAGGGAGGGGAGUGUGAGAUAGUUGUGACUGAGCACACCUAAAGUAGCUUUUUUGAUCCUGGCCCAUGUAUUCGAAACAGAUGACGCCAAAAGGAAAUCUAAGUUAAAAGGGGGUGGAGGAUACUAUGAUUUGGACCAAAUUGCUUUUUUGCGUUUGUUCUUCUGAAAGAAAUGGAAGCCAGAUAUUCAAACUAGUUUUAAAAGAAUAAGCCAGCAUAUAAUAUGCAGAUUAUACAUACAUACGUAAGAAAUACAUAUUAUACAUACUGAUAGAUGGUAGCCCUGCUAUCAAAUUUGAAUGUGUAAAUCAUCUUAAGGAGUUUAUAACUUAUUUUUAAAAAAUGAACCAAAAUAUGUUGUGUCUCUUCAGCACAUUUAAAAUUACAAUUAUUUUGUGUGUGUGUGUGUGCUGGGGUGUGAGUUGACUUAUUUAUGGGUGCUAAAACCCAAAUUGGUUAACUAUUUGGUUCUUUCCUGCUGUGCAGUAAAAUGUCCUGUCCUUUUCUCUCUUUUUUUAGUGCCUUUUGGCGUAUUUUGAAAUCAAAUCUAUUACAAAUAUUUGCUUGCUGUUUUCCCUUGUGCAUUAUCUUUCUUGUACACUUUUGACACAGCAUUCAGAUUCCAUUCCUUCUUUAAUAUGCAAUUUCCCCAUUCUGGAGACUCAGUUGGUAUGCUUACCCUGUCUUAAGGGUAUUUAUGUUCUGUGACGGAUAAUUGCUGCUGAAUGUCUUUCCUGAAAAGUAUGUCUCUGAACUGCUGAUAUUAAGCAGUCAUUUUAACAGGUCAUGUUGGUGCUGUUUCAGCGUCGGUUGAUGUAUCUGCUGCUCUAUGCUAAGGUGUCCCAAAGUUACAAUGAAAACACAGAACUGAUGCUUUGUGGAUGUAAAUACUGGCUCAGUGCAAAUGUAACAGUUCCUUCAAUUUCUGAUUCAUGGUUGAGGUUGGGAGUGUCCCCAGGUACGAUCCACUCCUUCUGCCUCCUUGAGUUUGCACACUUCUUGCCCUCUGUGCCACUCCAAUCCCUCCUCUCUUUUCAGUUGUUUCUCUGUUGAGUUGCAUUCUUUUCAAAGUGUGCAUGCAUGCAACUUAAUCCAGAAAUGCUCACUCUUUCUCUAAAUAAUACUAGCAUUCAGGUGCUGGUUUAAAGCAAACUCUGCUCCCAUUAUUCAAUUUUUACAAAAACAAUGCUAACAGUACUUAAACUUAAAAGGGAAGGGGGGGAAGGAGCAAAGAGCAUUGAGCCUGAGGGGCACUUCCAGUCCUUUAACCAGUUCAGAGAUUGAAGAAAUGCUAUCCCCCCACUGAGAUACCAUGUUUUGUUUUUUUAAAAAAGUGAAAUGGAAACGAAACGAAACAGCAUUGAAUUUGACAUAGAAAUGCCAGAGAUUUCAGAUGAACCCUCAGUUAUCAUUUAACUUACAAGCUGUUUACACACUGCGUUUUAGGUAAAGUAGUUCUCUGGUAACUGACAAAAGCAGAUGUUUUCAUUUAAGAACCCCAUAAUCACUGUUAUGUCAUAAUUUCAAUUAUAUAUACUGAUGAUAGCUUCUUAUAGUAUUUUGUUCCAGAUGCACACAGGAAGAGAACAGAACAUUUAACAUCUUGCGUGUAUAAACUGAAUACCUCUGGAAGGAUAUCAGUGUGGGAAAAUCUUAGUUGAAAAUACAAUAUUCAUACCAUCUUUUACAGGAAAGAUCUAUGAGCGGGAAAAGUUAGAUAAGUCUGAUGCAACACUUUGCAGUUGUAUUUCUCUGUGGAGGAAUAAUAUGUUUAAAAAUUCCCACAAUUUAAAUAAUAUGCUGACAUUAAUUUUGCCCCAGGAUUUACACAUGAGGAGGAAAAGUUAACAUACAAUUGCAAGUUAAUCAACAGACUUUGAAUCAAGCCUUUUGAUUAUUUGUAGUUAUUUUGGUUAGGGGGCAAUUUUUCUUGAUGCAGUGAACAGUGUGAAAGGUAAUAGCUAGAUUGAUACAAAAUAAAAUUAAGCAUUGUGUUGACUAUGAAAACGUAUCUCAUUGUACACCGCAGGGUGUAGCAGCUAUUCAAGUUCUUAAAAAGCUUUUUCUGCGUGGAAAUAUCCAUCAUUCCAUACUGGAAUGAUACAUUUUUAUUGCAGUGAGUAUGUAUCACUUAAGAUAUAAUUGUAGGAUUUGCAAAUAUAUAGCAGUGUCUGAUACAUACAUUGGGUGUUUUUAGUCUCAUGUUCCUCUUUCUAAAUUUAAAAUAGGUAAUAUUUUGCCAUUGACGUAAGGGUAAUGUUUUCAUUCUAUUUUAUUUGAACUAUUUUGUGAACAGUAAACUUGAGGAAGCUGAUUUUUAUUUCCGUAUAGGAAGUGUGUUUAAGUGAACAGGUACAUUUGGCACGUGUUGACAAUUGCCUCUGUUGUUUGUAAGCUGUAUGUUAGUUUACAAAUAGUAAGUGCUGAAGGAGUAAUUUUAGAACAGAAAAUGCUAUUGGCAUUUAUUAAGCACUUAAGAUGAAUAAUAAGCCAUAUUUCUAAAAAGUUAAGGUGAUUAGACCGGUAAGAACUCUUAAAUAAAAUUAUUAAAACAUACUAAGGAAAGGAGUAAGAAAAAGAGUCCUUACAAAAUACUAUUUGGAUAUAAUUUAAAUUUCAGAAGUUUUGUUUCACAAAAUCACAUAGGUUUGGUUAGGAAGAUGCAAAACACCGUAUCUACAAGCUUUACUAUUCAAAAUGUAAACCUGGCAAACCUUUACAUGCAACUGGUAAAAUUUAGUUGUUGUCAAAGACUAGUGACUAGUAUUAAAUAAAUUACAUAAAUUCAGUCUUGGGGCAUUAAUGGAAUAGUGUAUGUAUUCAAAACCUUCUGGUAUAUUCCUGAUUGGUUGGUACCAUUCCAACAGUUUAAAAUAAAAUACAGAAAUGUGUUGAGUACAACCUAGAGAAAGUGCAGUGUAUGUAUGUCCCAUGGAAAACCAUGAGACAAGUACUUUAACAUGUUGAAUUAGUGGGAAUUGAGCACUCAUAUCCAAUUGAUUUCAGUGUUUCUUAAACAUGCCCAAAUUUCUUUACAUUGCACUGUGAUUAUUCAUAUUCUUGUGAUAUUUUUUUUAAGGUGCCCUGUCUUUGGCUGGGCUCCAGGACGUUGCCUGUUUGGAUCUAAAUAUUAUUUAGGUUCACUCAAGAACUUGUUAAUAUCCCCCAAUUUUCAUUUCUUGCUCCUUAAAAAAACAAAACAAACCCUGGCACCCCAUUGGCCUUGGUGCUAUACAGCAAACUGAUUUUGAAGCUUACUUUAGUUCUUACAGCUGUUUGCCGUGUGGCAUUCAGGGGCUGCUGUUUUGGCAAAAACAGCUCUAACCCUCAGCUCACGGUACUGUUUUUUAACAGGUUUUGAACUAUGGGCAUUAUUUAUGAUUCCAUAUAGUAGUCUAACUUUGUGUGCAGUAAGUAAUUUGAAUAAUCAAUGUUCUGCCCUAAAAUAUGUGAAGGUAAUCACCUAGGCUUGGUAGAAUAGAAUGUAUUCCUCAAGCUUGAAGAACCUUAGAGAGCAAAUGCAUGGGAUUUUGAACAUCAGGUUAAUUUAUGUUCAUUUCGCCAUAUUCAUCAUCUUUAAAUAAAGCUAAUUCCAAUGUCACAACAAAAUGCAAGAGCGGAAUAUGAAGAUAUAGCCAUUUUAAAUAAAUGCUUUCCUAAAUUUCUUUGGGAUUAUCAGCAUUGGGGAUGGGAAUUGCAUAAAUCACAAUCUGUUCUGUAGUCAUUUUUAAAAGUAGAACUUUUCACACUGAGGAUGAGUGCAAGGACUUUUCUUUGGGACAAAUUUAGCAGCAUUGUACUAGUGUAAAACAAUGCUUACACAAGUAUCAAUAGUUCUUGCUAGCACCAUGGGUAUGUUAGUACGUGUUAAUUGCUGUUGUGCAAUCAUUGGUUUACACUAGUGCAAUGCCAAUAGUGCUAGUGCACAGAUGCUGUUGGAUCAUUUCCUUUAAAUCUCUGAAUGUGUAUGUUAAAAGUGGAUCCAGUCUUCAAUAGAUAUCACUAACCUUUUAAAGCAAAACUGGUCUUUUGUUCUUUUCCAGAAGCACUGUUCGACAUUGUGUAGUAAUACUUGAUCAUUUUUUGUUUCUCAUAAUAAAAUCUGUUGUUUUAAUAAGCUGGUUUUUUGAAACCUUGAUUUGCAAGCUAGACAGAUUUUAUUGAGUGUGAUAGAACUCUUGUAUAUUUUGACUUCCAUUAUUUAUUUUUAAAAGCUGAAUUUAAAAUGACUGUCUCUUAUGCAAGAUGUUGAAGAAUUAAAUGCUUAUACAUUAGAGCUGGCUUCCCCAACCUGGUGUUCUGCAGAUAUGUUGGGCUACAAUUACCAGCUGGGAGUUGUAGUCCAAUGUACUCCUCAAGGGUGCCAGGCCAGAGAAGCUUUCCAUUAGAGCAUACUUUUUGGUGCUUUAAUUCAGAUGGGACCAAGAUUCCUCAUUUUCUGACAGUAACAAUAUGAACUCCUGCAGUUAAUGACCCUUCUGGUUUAACCAGAACCCAGGUCUUUCUCUUGCAUAUAAAAGGAUUUGAAAUCAGCAAAGAUGAAAGAAGCCUCCUGAUUUUCCUUAAGUUUAUCCAACUUUUCUUUCUCUUUGAAUUUAAAGUUUAUUUAUGAGGCUUCUAAUUUAUAAUUUUUGACUUAUGGAUAAUUCUGGAUAAGCAUGUUAGUUAAAAAUAUUUGUGUGUGUGUGUGUAAAACUGUUUUCUUUUCAAGCUACUUUUUACAAUAUUCUCAACAUUAGUGUAUAAAUUCUGGGAAAGGGCAUUAGUAAUUAUAUUCUUGUUACCCUUGUUUAGAAUGUGGUUUGUAAAAAUUUAAAGAGUCUCUUUACUGGGAAGACACUACUUCUAUAUAAUCUCAAAGACAGGGUUAUUAAGUUGUCAGUCAGUUCAUCAUUUUAGAAGUAUACACUUGGGUCUGAAUACUUCUUUUACAAACUAUUAUUUAUUAUAGAUUGUGGGUGGAGACAUCCUGGUAAAUUUUUAACGUUUGUAAGAAGUUACCCUGCUUUACAAUUAAACUUUUGAUUCUUAUUGUAUCCUGCAGGAGUUGCAGUCAGUUUGUCAAGCAACUAUAUAAUCUUCUAGUGCUGAAAGCCUGCCCAACCCAACCCAUAUUGUCCCUCAUACAAAGGUUUACUUCUGAACUAAGAUUUUUGAAGGAUUUUUACUAUUUUGGCAUUAUGUAACCUAUUUUACCUCGUUCACAAAAAGAGCAUAGGCAGAAAAUACCCCACUUACUGUAGAACAAAAUCUUUUUGGCAGAAAGACUUGAAUUACGUUAACAUUCCACCAGCAUGACAUGCAUGUUGGAAUGACACCCAACCAUUCAGAAUCUGGUGCUGGUGAAAUGAUAAUCAAAAUGGGUAUGUAAUAACUGCAGUCUUCGUGGUGUUAGGAUCCUAACCUGGGACCUGUGAAAAACUCGUAUUAACAGACCUCAGAUGACAUGUUUGAAGAUCAUUAUAUUGGUGCAUGUAAGCCAUUAUUUUAACUGUCUUACUGAAUCUGGUUAAUGCUGUUGACUGUUGUUGAAAUGUGAAAUGUAGUUAACCGUUGACCUUGUAAAUAUCUGCCAGAGAUAGAGAAUAUUUUAAAUCGCUGUAAAUACAGGUGUAUAAAAUUGAAACAAAUCUGCAA